AAAGUACUUUGCAGAAAAGGAAAUGAGUAAUGUUUGAGCGAUUCAAAUGUACGUAGCACAUUUCCUUUUGUCAGAAAUUAGCUGUCAUCUGUCAACUGCGAGAAUGAGUAGGAAACAGCUUGAACCGUGUCUCAAAGCGAAGGCUCUUUACGUUUGCAAUUUGCACACCCACACAUUCAUGGGCAAUCAUUUCUGCCUGCUUUUGCUAAUCAGUAGCUUUAAGAAGAGAGACUUGCCAGUUGAAAAACAUAUUCCCAUGCGUCUCAUAAUGUAUUUUCUUGAUGCUCAAGAGCCUUUCUUUCUGUCCUCCAGCCCCUGGUUGAGUUUCCAUGGAAGUCAGCGUUAACUUCACACGGUGUUACUUUCUGAGAAAACCCCAUGUGUCACUGCCUCCUCCUGGAUUCAUGAUUAAGUGGACUCUCAGAUGCACACUGCUCUUAAAUUACACCUCUUGCGAUUGCAGGAUAGCAAUUACUAUGCCAAUACGCCUGUCUGAUUAAGAUCAAAUUGUUGUUUACAUACCGCAAUCUCCAAAAAACACGAUUAAUAUGUUUUUCCGGAGAAGUCACUUCAGUUUUUUUCAGCAGCCCACCAAUUUUCUAGUCACCACACUGGUACUUUAAAAGAGCUUUUUUGCAUUUUUCACAGGAGAAAUAUCAGUUUAAAUGAAGGGUGUGCGCUGUUGAGAACUGCUGGUUUGAAGUAGACGUAUUAUUAUGCAUUAAUCUCCGUCGUUUUAAUGAGCGCCGGCUCCGGCGUGAUUGGUGCACUUGAAUUAAAAGCAGUCAGCGAACACAAGUCAGAGUCGACAAACGCCGCUCGGUCAUUCUCGGGCAGCAACAGUGCUCACUUCACACUGUGCCCUUUUCCCCUCCUCCUCCUCCUCCUCUCGCCGCUCCCUCCCUCGUUUCCUGCGAAGAAGUAUCUGUUGAAAGAGUGGGGGCACGGCAGCUGAACGUACGGCAAGAACGCAGGGAGCUUAAUUAAACUGCUCUUCAACUGUGCCAAAGUGGAGCAGCUUGGAGGCACUGGUUGAGAUCAGAAUCAAAACUGGUGAGACGGCUGGAGAAAUCCUUGAGAUCUUCAUGUCUGCGAGUGAAGAAUAAAGCAGGACUCAAAGUACACUUGAGGAGAGCCACAGUUGUUCCAGGAGAACUCUGAAACCGCUUGUGAACCACUGAGAUUGAGGGCGAGAGGGGCAAGAUGGGCGCUUUGAUGGUGAUAUUUUCUCUGCAAACCAAACAAAGGAGAAAAAGGACAGAUAGUGUUGAGGAUGAGCUGGAGCUGUCUGCUGUACGGCAUCGACCAGAAGCUUUGGAGCAGCUGGAGGCUCAAACGCGUUUCUCACGCAAAGAGCUUCAAAUCCUCUAUCGGGGCUUUAAGAAUGAAUGCCCCAGUGGUGUGGUCAACGAAGACACAUUUAAGGAAAUUUACUCUCAGUUCUUCCCACAGGGAGAUGCAUCAACGUAUGCACAUUUUCUGUUCAAUGCAUUCGACACAGAUCACAACGGCUCUGUCAGUUUUGAGGAUUUUGUGAUGGGUCUUUCCAUUCUCUUACGAGGCACCGUUCAGGAGAAGCUUAACUGGGCAUUUAACCUGUAUGAUAUUAAUAAAGAUGGAUAUAUAACAAAAGAGGAAAUGUUAGAUAUCAUAAAGUCCAUCUAUGACAUGAUGGGGAAAUGCACAUAUCCCAUACUUAAAGAGGAAACUCCACGACAGCAUGUGGAGAUAUUUUUCCAGAAAAUGGACAAAAACAGGGAUGGAGUGGUCACUAUAGAUGAAUUUAUAGACUGCUGUCAAAAUGACGAGAACAUCAUGAGAUCAAUGCAGCUUUUUGAGAACGUCAUUUAACAUGUGAAUGGACUCUGUUGGCGGGCCAGCUCACAUAACCACCUUUAUACUCCACAAACCCGACGUCCUCGAUGAUACACGUCUGAUUACUAGCAGUGCUUUACCCAUAAACCAAAAUUAACAGCAUUUUUAAAAUCAAAGAAAUUUUAUUAUUAUUUUUUUUUCAUAUACUUGUAAAACAUGUAUACCUUUAUUUGCAGUAGAUAAAUAGUCUGUUAAUCAUCUUUUUCUCCAAAUUUGUGAAAUAACUAGAAGCCAGAAGAAGUAACAUUUCCUACACUGGCCCUUAAACACAAACAGAAUGAAUUUCUGUGCGUCAAUCCAUUUUUAAAUUGCAACAAUUUACAAGGAAUAUUUGACAUACAAUUUACUUAACUCCUUAGUUAAAGGAAUAGUUCACCCAAAAAUGAUCAUUAGCUGAAAAUUUACUUGAACUCAGGCCAUCCAAGAUGUACAGCUUGUUUCUUUAUGGGAUCAGAUUUGGAGAAAUGUAGCCUUACAUCACUUGCUCACCAAUGGAUCCUCUGCGGUGAAUGGGUGCCGUCAGAAUAAGAGUCCACACAGCUGAUAAAAACAUCACAAUAAUCCACACCACUCCAGUCCAUCAAUUAAUGUCUUGUGAAAUGGAAAGCUGCAUGUUUGUAAAAAGCAAAUGCAUCAUUAAGGCAUUUUAACUUUAAAUUGUUGCUUCUAACCAAAAUACAAGUCCAUAAUCCAUAAUAAUGCUUCCUCCAUUAAAGAAGUCUAUCCCCUGUUGUCCAUAUUUCUUAGGAGCUGAUUUAGACUGUUUUUACUUGUAAACGAUGCUUGAUCUGUGCAGAUUUCUCUUCUGAUUGAGGCAAGGUGACUUUUUCACUGGAGGAAGAAUAUUAUGGAAAGAGGAUAUGAAUUUUAACCUGGAAGCAACAGUUUGAAGUUAAAAAGAAGUGACACUUUAAUGAUGGAUUUGUUUCUUAUAAAUACACAGCUUUUCAAUGCACAAGACAUUAACUGAUGAACUGGAGCGGUGUGGAUUACUUGUGGAUUAUUGUGAUGUUUUUAUCAGCUGUUUGGACUCUCAUUCUGACGGCACCCAUUCACUGCAGUGGAUCCAUUGGUGAGCAAAUUAUGAAAUGCAAAAUUUUUCCAACUCUAUACUAUUUAUUUAAAGUUAUUCCUUUAAGUUACUAAUGUGUCACACACAUAGUAUGACAAUAAAAAUUCACCACAUAACACAAAUUCAUGGUAUAUUAACUGUUUCCGUUUUUAAGCACAAUUAGUAAUAAACCAUACUUCUUUCAUUCAAUAAGUACAAACCUGUGACUCUGCAGCCUUUAGAUUUCUACAGAAUCAUUCCAGAAUGUUCUUAACUACAACAGCGGGUCCAGCCAAAACAGGUGGAAAGUCAAAUAAAGAUGAAGAUGUUGUAUGUUUUCUAAAAUAUAUUUAAAAUAGAUCUUUACAAUUCUUUUUUUUUUAUUAUUAUUUGUUCAGAAUCAUUUGCCAACUAGAUAAAUAUUCUAUAUUAUAGAUUUGGAAGCUACAGGUAGCAAAUCAAAGCACACAUGUUGUAUUUGUCUUAGGGAACAUUGUUACAAAGUAAUGCUGCUUAUAUUAUAAUGUCCUUGUGAAAAAUGUCACAUUAUGUUUACAUGUUUCCAACACUAUAUCACUGUUCUCUUACCGUGUGGGUUUAUUUAUUGAGCUAACUAAGUACAUCAGGCUGUCUGUAGCCAUACAGUAUUUGUUUUCAUUUGGAGGUUUUGACCAUCAGUAUUUGUGUGUCUGCAAAGAAGCUCUGUUAAUGUCUUUCAAAGCAUCACUUAAAGAGAUAGUUCACCCAAAAAUGAAAAUUCUGUCGUCGUUUUCUUACCUUCCACUUGUUCCAAACCUGUAUGAGUUUCUUUCUUCUGUUUAACACAAAAGAAGAUAUUUUGAAGAAUGUUGGUAACCAAAAGUUUGACGGUAGCCAUUGACUUCCAUAGUAUUUUUUUUUUUUUCAUUACUAUGGAAGUCCACUGUUUGGUUACCAUCAUUCUUCAAAAUAUCUUCUUUUGUGCUCAACAGGAGAAAGAAACUCGUACAGGUUUGGAACAAGUCUUAUAGCGUCUAGAGUUGAUUUCAGGAUGUUCCGACUUAUUACCCCACAAAAUAUUUGUAGCCUACCUUAAUUAAGAAGUUAUUUAGCAUUAAACAUUACUUUUACAUAUAGAAUAUUUUGUAACUGUGGGCAAAUCAUAAUAUUUAAAAAAGUUAUAAAUGUAGUAGUUCACCAAGAGUACAAUGUUCUCUACAACAUCGCCACCUAGUGGACAUAAAUUACAGUGGCUCACAACAUGAUUUAUGGAAUAAAAUUGAAGAAUUAAUUUCACAAAAUAACACGCCACAAAAAUGAACGGUCAAUAUUUAGAUCCAGUAUUGUUCCCAUAUUCUGCCUUUAGAGUCACUUGGGCUCAGUUGCAACAAGCUUCCAUUAAAAUCAUAAUCAUACCUCGCACAAAUCUUAGAUGAAUCCCUGUGUGAAAAUGUUUCCUUCGUGCAUUUCUGUUAUGAGCAGCAGUUUCCACACCUGCAACAAUAAUUCUCAAAGCUUGACAUGUGAACUUUCAAAGUCUUAACCUGUAGACCAGAGAACAAGAGAGAGAUGUGAAGUCAUUUGAGUUUUAUAACUGUGUAUAAAUAUAAACAGGCCGGUCCAGACAUCAGAUUAAAUAGAAUUAAUACAUCGAUUUGUAUUUCAAAUGUGUGUGUAGAUAUUUCAUACAUUGCAAACUUUUUCAUUUUGUUGCAUUCUCCCAGUUUUAUUUCCAAAUCUUACUUUUUCCUUAUUCCAAUUAUGCAAAUAAUGUUUAUCUUCAUGGGUUCUAGAUCAUACUGUACUGUCUAAUAAGAACACUUGAUUGUCUGUCAGUUUACUUUUAUUAGUUUUGCAACCUGCAUGCCUGAUUCACAUGAGCUUGUCCAGGAGAAGAGUGCAUGAGCUUUUCCCUACUCUAGAAAUCAGUGCCUUUCUUUGUUAUUUCUCAUCCCAGACAACCUGUACUUUCUGUCUGAUUUGAUUGUAAUUGAGUUACAGUAUAGGAUGUGAUUCUUUUUCGUCCAUUUCUGAAAACAACGCUAUGUCAUGCUGUAUUUGAGGUUUCCCAUUGACGUUUUCCCAUUGAGAGGCGUGAGAGCCUGACAGCUGCAUGUGUAGAGAGUGAAGAAGGCUUCACGGUGUUAGCGAACGGCCUUUAGUGAUGGGAAGAGCUGACUGGAGCAGAUCUAGCGCUCUGUGUGCCUAUCCCAAGCUUCUCUGUGGAACUAGACGAGUGUAUUUUGUAACAUAGAGUCAAUAAACCGCUCAGAAUGUA